GCGUUACGUAAUCGACGUCACCGCGAGGCCGUGCGCGCUCCGAGCGCAAGCCGAGCGGUUCGUCACGGUUCUGCUAAGCGCGCUGAUAUGGUGAAGUGCUCCUGGAUGAAAUGUGAGUCUGAUUUACGACACCCGGAGCGAGUUCGUGGAGUCCGCUUCAUUCCACUCCCAAAGUCUCCCCAAGAGCUUCUGCUGCCCUGCAGCCGAGGAGGAGCGCAGCGUCGCGAUAGGGACUCCAGUGUGCUUGUUUGUUCGAAGAAGUUAAGUUUCUCACUGAAGCUCAGUCCAGGAAGCCGAAGACAAUGGCUGCUGUCACCAUCAAAGAGGAGCCCCUGGAAAUCGACGUGAAACAAGCAGCAAGACUCCACGUUGACGGAGAGACUCAAACGUGUUGUGGAAUUAAGCAGGAGGGCACUAGGCCCAUGGAGAGCAGCACACAGCAGUCUGAAGAGGAGACGAGUCUGAACUCUGCAUCUGAGAGUGAAGAUGAAGCAGCUGAAGAUGAUCUUGGGGAAAUGGCUGUGGUCACCAUCAAGGAGGAGAUGCUGGAGUCUGAAUCGGAAGAUUCUGAAUCAGAAGCCGACCACCAGCUCAGCUGCGAUUCGGACGACAGUUUCCAGUCGGAUGUGAUAACGGAGGCAGUGGAGACCAGCGAGACAGAGAGACACAGCAGCGUCGUUAAAAUGACUCUUGAUGGUGCCCAGCACGUUUACCAAGGAAACCGCUUGAAAAAGAUGCAGUUCAAGGGCCCUCAGUCUGAUAAGAUACUGUGCGGCAAGAAUGUUCACAAGCGGAAUGAACUAACAGAGAGACUGUACAUCUGCUCUGAUUGUGGGAAAGAUUUCUUUGGGGAGACGGAACUAAAAUCUCACCAAAAAAGUCACAGACUCGGGAGUACAAAGAGAGACACUGACCCAUUUGCCUUAAAAGCAGCUAGUAACUAUCAAGUAACAAGUCAAGAAGUAAAGCUGCCAUUCAGGUGCUCCCACUGUGACAAGGGCUUUGCCAGGAAGGGCCAGCUGAACCGGCACGAGUUCAUUCACUCCGGACAGAAACCAUUUAGCUGUUCCGAUUGUGGCAAGUGUUUUGGCAACAAAUGGCAACUCUCUGCACACCAGAAAAUUCAUACAGGCGAGAAGCCCUACAGUUGCACCUUUUGCGAAAAGUGUUUUAUAAGGAAGGGUGAGCUCACGGUACAUCUGAAACGACACACAGGAGACAAGCCCUUUAACUGUUCGUUCUGCGGAAAGGGCUUUACCACGAAGGGUGAGGUUAACAUCCACCAGCGCCGUCACGUAGGGGAGAAGACCAUAGGCUUGUCCCAUCCGUCGAGUCUUGCAGCAAAGGCCCAAUUUUCUUAGCAGUUUCCCAUCAGCCUUUGUGUUUACAGGAAGGAGAAAAACAUUUCGCUGCAGUGUUUCACUGAACGAUCAGCCCAUCAGGGACUGGCGUGUUAAAAUCUGGACAAGUACCCUUUGGUCUCAAGAUCAUCAGUGUUUUUUUUUUUUUUUUAUCUUCAGCCUGUUCAGCACCUGGUGGAAUAAUCACUCUGCACAUCAUGCAGUCGUCAGGAUCGAUACAUUUGUGUGACGUCAUAAAAUGCUCAUAUGACCUUCACUUCUGCUCCCAGAUCGCAGUGUGGAGCUGAUCAUGAGCCUGUGCACCAUUACUGCUGCCCUCUGUCCUCCUCCAUUGUAGUGCAUGUCUUGUGUAUAAUAUAGUGUGGUACCUGCAUACAAAAUGUAAGGGAAUAAAGCCUUUGAAUCAGCUUGUAAUUUUUGUUGUUACAAGUGUAAGUGGGAAAUGUCUGGGAAGCUGAGCCGUUAAAGUGGUAACAUGGAUAAUUACAUCUGUUGAUCAAAAUAACUUUCACUUUUAGUUAAUACACUAAAAUUGAUGAGCUAAUGCUAGUACUAGUUGACAGUGGUUUAACAUGUUGAGUUUGUUAGGCAUGGUCAUUGAGUAAGGUUCUUACUCAGGGUAAAAGCUUCAGGCCAGACUUGAAGGAUCUGUGCACAUUUGAACACAACUUGACGGAACAGGACAGUGGCUGGCCAGCUGGGUGUUUCCCUGUGUUCUGUUUGUACUUUAACAUGAAAUGAUACCGCAGACGGUAUUGGCUCUAAAUUUUAAUAGGUUUUGAGUAUUGAGAUGUGAGGUUAAAGGCAAACUACAUAUGAAUGCAUGCAGGUAGCAGGGAGUCACUUUGCAUGACUUCAGAUAUGUAUAAAAUUUAGGUUGUCUGGUCUAUACCAAUAGUAAACAUCUUGUUAUAUUUUACUUGGAGAAAGUCUAAUAAAUGGUUUUAAUAUAUA